CUCUGGGGUAAAAAAUGUGAAAGUGAAAAAAACACAUCAGCAAGUCUUCAGCCUAUGGUUGAUGUUCAAGGGUGUGAAAAAAACAAGUGUUUUGUUUCUAAAGUUUGUGUAAGCAGGAAGCUUGUGGUCUUCUUUUCGUCAGACGGGAGGAUGACCCCCGAGCAGCCUGCAGAAGUCCCAGUUCAUCAUGGAGUUAGCAGCACUCUGCUCUGUUUUCGCUUCUCUGAGAGUCCUUCCCAGCAGGUCCCAGUUCUUCCAGUACGAGUCUGUCACUCUGAGCUGUGAGCUUCAUGGAAACCUCUCUGGAUGGAGAAUCAGAAGAACCAUCGAUCAGGGAAACACAACCGAAGACUGUCCUUCCUCCUCGAACAGAAGUGACUCCGUCUGCUUCAUCAGAGAACUGUACUACUGGGACAGUGGAGUCUACUGGUGUGAGUCUGCAGAGGGAAAGUGCAGCAAUAAAGUCAACAUCACUGUGACAGCUCUAGAUUUGAUUCUUGAGGCUCCUGUACUUCCAGUGGUGGAAGGAGAAGUUGUGACUCUGGGGUGCAGGAACAGGACGUCUUCCGGCUUCUCCUUCUUCUACAAAAACAGGCUCCUGGUUGGGAACAGUUCAACAGGAAACUGGACCAUUGAAAGAGUUUCUAAGUCGGAUGAGGGCUUUUACCAAUGCAGCAGCUCUGGAAGGGAUUACUUCUCUCCUGACAGCUGGCUGGAUGUCACAGGCGUGUUGUCGUCUGGGGAAACGCCUGCAUGGCCCCUCACGCCUGUGCUGCUUCCUGUGGUGGGUGUCUGCCUGCUGUUCACGCUGAUGCUGCUCUUCCUCUGGAGGAACCUCAAAGGGAAAGUGGACCGCAGCGUCUCCUACAUAGACGUCACCAUCACUCCGGAUGUGGAGCCACGGAGGAUCAGAGACGUGGAAGACACCUCCACCUUCUACUCCAUGCUGAACCUGGCAGGAAGUUCUCAACAGUUAGACCAAUGCUGAGACAAAGACAGAAGAACGUGGAGAAAUCUUCUCUUCAAUCAAGUAUUUAGACCUGAACCGAGGUUACGUGAACACAUGCUUCUCUUUGUCUGGUCAUGGAUCAUCUACAACUCAUUUGAGCCGUCUACGUCAUGUUAGUUAACGUCAAUGUUGUUUUCAACUGUUACAUAAAAAUCUUUAUUAUUCUGUUCUAAAAAAACAUUUUUGUGCGUAAGACCGACGCCUCGUGUAAUUGUCUCCUAAUCAUCCUUUCUUGUGACUGUCAUCACUUCUUUAUCCUGUGACCUUCCCACAUGUUUAUAAUGUUACUAUGUUUUGCCUUUGUUUGUAUCUCGUCUCGUCACUUUGUGAUGGACGUUCUCAGAAGCUUUUAUGAGCCAGACGUGCCCUGAAUAAAUACUACAGCUCAAGUUUACUUAAGAUAGAAGCUAUAAACAGGAAUGUUCACUUUCUGGAUUCCCAACAUGCUGCUUACCUAAUGACUUUCAGGUCAUGAGGUCAUCACAUUUUGUUAAUUAUUUGAUGAAUCAAGUAUUCCAUAUAUGGUUUUAACCAGCAGGUUUAACAGGAACUUUCUCCUUCAGGAAGGAAGUGUCGUCAGAAAGAAUUUUCUGUUGUGAUCACAACAUAACCAAAUUAAAGCCUAAAAUACACCAGAGAACUUUGCGGGGGUGUGAAUAUUUGACUUUUUUAGGCCUGACGUUACACAAUUCCAGCUAAAGAUGAGCUCACUGGAUUUAUUUUAACCUGAUUAAUUCACAACAUGGACUAGCAUUUAAUCCAGAACUCCACUGGAUUUAGCAUCAAAUUAACCCUCAAGAAUAUAUUUUCAUGUUACUGGAAUUAUUUUUUUUAUAUAACAAUUAAUUUUCACGUUAAUAUUUAGCAAUAGAAACUUAAAAAUCUCUAAAAUAUUCAAAUGAUAAUUCUAUCAGAAAAUAAAACCUAC